AUGGAUGCGCCGAGUACACCGCGUCGGGCAAUGGGCUCACGCAUGGUCUGCGCCACUCCAAGACGCGGAAAGGCCCCAAACAACUAUUCUCUGGGCGAGCGUAUAGGACGCGGUGCAUUCGCGACUGUUUACAAGGCCAUUGAUCUGAAGACAGGCGAGUUUGUUGCGAUCAAGGAAAUCCCGCUGGCAAAGCUUGGGUCUGUAGACUCGAUUAUGAGCGAGAUUGAGCUUUUGCAAGAGCUGGAGCACCCCAACAUUGUCAAGUAUUUGGGAUUCAUGAAGGAUCAGGAGCGGCUGAGUAUCGUUCUCGAAUACUGUGAGAACGGGUCUUUGGCAGCGAUUGGGAAACGAUUUGGUUCUUUCCCCGAAAAUCUGGUUGCCAUGUACAUGCGACAGGUGCUGGAGGGUCUAGUUUAUUUGCAUGCUCAGGGAACCAUUCACCGAGACAUUAAGGGUGGUAAUAUCUUGACCACAAAGGAUGGUGUUGCAAAAUUGGCAGACUUUGGGGUUGCUACUAAAACUAUAACGCAUGGUGGAGGGGGUGCGCUUGUAGGAACACCUCACUGGAUGGCUCCAGAGAUCAUUCAACUCGAAGAGCCCACGUCAGCUUGCGAUAUUUGGAGUGUGGGCUGCACGGUAGUUGAAUUGAGACGUGGACAGCCCCCCUAUGGUGACCUUCCUGAUUUUUCAGCCAUGUAUGCCGUCGUUCAGAACGAUGAAAUGCCAAUACCAAACGACGCAAGUAGCAGCCUGGCAGAUUUCUUAUCGCUCUGUUUCGAGAAAGACCCUGCGCUGCGAAUAUCGGCCGCAGAUUUACUUGACCACAGAUGGAUCCGCAAACACAACGGACACAUGGCACCGAAUGAUGCCGUCAAGACCGUCCAAAACUGGAAUGACCAAACUCGCAGACGAAAACUGCAUGUUCCCUCUCGACUAAAUUUAAAGGCUGCAUAUGCUGAUGUUUCGACUGAGCUUGUCAAAUAUAUUGACAACGACUCUUUUGAAGACGGAUUUGGUAGUAUUUAUGUUGAUGAUCGAUUCAAACAAGAUAUACCACCAGAAGACCCUCCCAAGGAAGCUCAUGCCAGUUUGAUUCCUUCGUGCCAAAGAAAGGGGAUUGAGUUUUAUGCGGAGGACGAAGGCUCUUUUGAGGAAAACUUUGAAAAUGGCAGUGUGGGUAUGCUCAAGUUUGCUCAUACUGAUCACAACAACUCUAUCGACCCUUUCAAGGGCCUUGAGAGUCUGAACGACGCUCAGAAUGAGCGCCUCGCUGCGGCACAAGAAGAGGCUGAACAGCUUUCUCGAGCUAUUUCUGAAGGAAAAUUACAAGAGCUAGACAUGAAAUAUGGGCGACUUUGCGAAUUACUCGUAGCAGAACCAGCAGUCAAACAGAUUAUCAUUGGCCAUGACCAUUUUUCGACCUCACUCAAAAUUCUCAGGGAUGCUCCUGAGCAAGCAAAACCUGUACUUGACUUACUGCAUAUUUUACUCAAAGGUGAUAGCUCUGCAAUUGAGUCUUUCAGUCUGGCUGGAGGGCUCUCGGUUCUCCACAGCUUGGUUGGAACCUACGACUUGCAAGUCGCCACGUUACUCUGGGAUAUAUGCGAAGCCUAUGAGUUUGGCGCGCGUUUGUUAGCUAGCCGUGAUGAUACUCUGCUUGCGCUCUGUGACUACGUUUCUUCCAAAUCGGAUAUGCAUGUAUUGGGUUUAGCGACCCAGUGUUUACUGGCUAUUUUUCAACAGUUUGGAGCUCGCAAACGCAACGAGCUCUGGCAGCAACUUGGUCGUUUUUCGCUGGUCGAAAAGGUUAUCGAGGUCUUAGAGUAUGCAUACAUCUCGUCAGGUACUGAUGGUGCUGCGACGAAUAAUCUUUAUGAGAUUCUCACUUCAUUUUCUAAAACACCCCCUGUGAUAGCUGAGCAACAUAUUGACCGGCGUCAUUUACGACUUCUAAUGCGAUGCUAUCGACAUCUUCCAGCAGAUGCUCCUCAAAGGCUUGUUAUUCUACAAGUUUUUAAAGAGUUUUCAAGAAUGCCUAAAAUCAUUUCUGCUAUGCAAAUGGGUCAGUUGGAACGAUACUUUGUCGAUAUUCUUCGACGGGCGUUCGCAGAACGUUCUAAGACUCAACAUUCUAUUGCAGGUUUGGUUUUGCCAGUCCUGUACAACUUUUGCCGUUUGUCUGUAGAUCGCCAAUACGAGGCAGCGAGGUCCGGUGUGAUUCCACUGUUGAUGGAAACGCCGUCACGCGAAAAGUCCUUGAAAGACUUUGCGCUACCCACAAUAUGUGUGAUGGCUCAUAACGCCAAAUGUCGCCCUUACUUAUGGGGUGCCGAUACUAUGAGGUUCUUCAUUAGGCUCGUUACGGAGCGGGGCUACGAGGCCACUGCUAUGGCUGCUCUUGCAUCUUGGCUCGACGGAGAACCUAUCAAAGCUGCAAAGUAUUUUUUGGCCUUAAGCGGUACACAGGCACUAAUCGUUGCAGUUCAAAACACGCAGGCAGAUGCUUUCGCAGGUGUCAUCGGUACACUAUGCACAAUGCUCGAUCAUAUUGAAGCAAUUAGACAGGCUAUUUCUGCCAGUGCGUUGUUCAAGGCAUUGAAACACCACAUGGUAGAGAAAGCACUUGAAGGACCACCCCUAGUUCGUACACUGCAGGCCAUUGUACGAGUUCUGGAGGCCCAGCCCGCGUCGAAAAAUGCACUAAAAGCAACUGGUCUAGAUUCAGCUAUUGAGCAAUACGAACCAGAUAUGCCAAUGAUCGCUCGGAACUUGACAGAGCAGAUUUUGUCCUAUAGCUAA